GCUCCUUUGACUGGUUGUCGGCUAUGGCCAUUGGCUAUGGCAUAGCUGUGUAUAAAUCUAUGGGCUGUGGCUAUGUGUUGGGGCCAUGGUCGGGGCGUGUCAGGAGACCAGCUUGUAAAUAAAAACUGAAGUUGUAGACUGAAGUCUUCCUGUAUCGGAAAGACUCCUAAUCGCCCGACGACCAUCAGAAAAGUCUCUGUAUACACAAUGGCAUCUCCAACCCCUCUGUCCAAGGCCAACAACACCUUCUCUCUGGCUUUGCUCAAAAAGUUUGGAGAUGACGACAAGACGGCAAACAUCUUCUACUCCCCUUUCAGCAUCUCUUCAGCCCUGGCUAUGGUGAUGCUGGGGGCCAGAGGAAACACAGCCACACAGAUGUCAGAGUGCCUGAAAACCAAGGAUUGUCAGGAUGAUGUCCAUGUUAGCUUUGCCCAACUGCUGAGCGAGCUCAACAAGGCUGGCGCUCCGUAUGCCCUCAGUGUUGCCAACAGGCUGUACGGGGAGCAGUCCUACCAGUUUGUUGAGGAUUUCUUAGGAAAAACCAAGAAGCACUACAACGCAGAGCUGGAGACUGUUGACUUCAAAUCCAGCUCCGAGGCCGCCAGGCUCAACAUCAACACCUGGGUGCAGAAGCAGACUCAAGAUAAAAUUAAGGAUCUACUGGGCAAAGGUGUGGUGGACAGCCUGACCAGGCUGGUGCUGGUUAAUGCCAUCUACUUCAAAGGCAACUGGAACAAGCAGUUUGAGGAGAUUGCCACACGUGAUGCUCAGUUUAGACUAAACAAGAAUGACACUAAGCCAGUGAAGAUGAUGCACCAGAAAUCCAAGUUCCCUUUGACCUACAUUCCUGAAGCCAGCUGCCAGAUCCUAGAGAUGCCUUACAAAGGGGAGGAGCUCAGCAUGCUCAUCUUUUUACCCAAUGAGAUGGAGGACAGUACAACAGGUCUGGAGAAGCUGGAGAAGCAGCUGACCUAUGAGAACUUUAUGGAGUGGACUCGUCCAGACAUGAUGGAUAAAGUUGAGGUCCAGGUGGGGCUGCCUCGGUUCAAGAUGGAAGAGUCAUAUGACAUGAAGGAAGUGCUGGUCAGCAUGGGCAUGGUGGAUGCCUUUGACAUGGCAAAGAGUGACUUCUCUGGCAUGUCUCCUGCCAACGACCUGGUAGUGUCAAAAGUCGUCCACAAGGCUUUUGUGGAGGUCAACGAGGAGGGAACUGAGGCUGCUGCUGCCACUGCUGCUAUCAUGAUGAUGCGCUGCAUGCCCAUGCGUCCAACUACGUUCAUCGCAGACCAUCCCUUCCUCUUCUUCAUCCGACAUAACUCCUCCAUGAGCGUUCUCUUUGCUGGCCGAUACUGCUCCCCUGAGUGAGCCCUACAUCAUUUAGAGUAGUGUUUCUCAACUUAAAGGGGG